UAAACAUGUCUGAUUUGGUAAAAUUUUUAGAGCAAAACCCAGUAAAUUUCAUUGAUUUUCGUUUCACGGACUUAAUCGGGAAGGUUCAUAGCACUACAUAUAAUGCUGAUAGACUGGCUGAAAAUAAAAUAGAUCUAGUGCCAGAUUUACAAACAAUAUUUCUUGAUCCGUUUUGUGUUCAAUCAACAGCUGUUGUGCUAUGCAUGCAUGAUUCACGAUCAGUAGCUAAAAAAGCGUAUGAUUAUGCUUUAUCAACAAAAACAGUAGAUGAGGUUCUGUGUAGUUUUGAAAUAGGAUUUUCUAUUUUUGACGAAGUGCAAUUCAGAGUUAACCAAUACAAUUCACAUGCAAGUUUGAGUCCUGUAGAAAAUUAUUUGAGUAUAAAAAAGCAUAAUCACGGGAGUUUUGAUUCUAAUCCUGUAAUAGAUCCACUCUCUGAUUUAAGGUCGGAAAUAUUGCUAAUGAUGAAGGAAAGUGGUAUAGAGAAUUCAUUAUAUCAUAAAAAAAUUUCACCUUUUCAAGGCUUAAUAAGAGUUGAUAGUAGUAGACUUUUGAAGUGUGCUGACAGUGUUCAAAAAUCUAAAUAUAUAAUACGUAAUGUUGCUCAAUCUUACGGCAAAACAGCAACCUUUAUGCCCAAGGCAAUAGCACAAAACAGCUUGUAUUUACAUCAAUCAUUGUUAAAAAAUAACGAGGACUUAUUGGAGAAUCCCGAAAAUUAUCUGUGCUACAUGGGUGGAAUUAUGAAACACAUGAAAGCAAUUAAUGCUUAUUCCAAUCCAACUACAAAUAGUUAUAGCAGAUUGAUUGACCUACCAAAUCUUUUUUUACAGUCUAAAUUGUCUUUUCCGGAUCCAACAGCAAACCCUUACUUCUGUUUUGCUGCUAUACUUAUGGCAGGUCUUGAUGGCAUACAAAAUAAAGUUAAUCUCUAUGAAAUAGAGAAACAAACCGCAAGGUCUUUAAUUGAAGCGCUAGAAAUGUUGAGUAAUGAUAGAGAAUUUCUACUUAGAGGAGACGUAUUUACCAACGAACAGAUUGACAAUUAUAUAGAGAAAAAGUGCGAGGAGAUAAAAAUCAUAGAAAUGGCUAUACAUCCUGCAGAGUUUAUAUGUUAUUACAAUCUCUAG